AGAAAUAAGCACAGUUUUCCAGUUGUAAGGCCAAAUGACAUAGGAUGAGGGCCCUUGGUGACCUGAUGACUUAUAUGUUUGCAAUCCAUCUUCUGGCCAUGGUUGGAUUUAACACUGCCGAGGACCUGUGCUCUAGCUUUGUGAAGGGAGUCAUCUACGGAUCGUAUUCGCUCAAUGAUUUAUUUCCCCAAAACUUCACCAAUUGCACGUGGACCUUGGAAAACCCGGAUCCGACCAAAUACACUAUCUACCUGAAAUAUUCCAAAAGGGACCAGGUGUGCUCCAACUUCUCCCUAUGGGCUUACCAAUUCGAUCACUAUUCGCCUGAGAAGAUACGGGACCUACUGACCAACGCCAAAUCCGUCGUCCACUUGUGCCAGGCGAGGAGUAUGUUUGUGUUUUUGGAAUUUGGCAAGAAUUUCAUCCAGCUGCGCCGCCUGGUCCAGCCCGGCGGGCCGGCGGGACAGCCCCGCGGCAGAGGGCCGAGUGGCCGGCCGGCUUUCGAGUUUCUGGUGCUGAACAAGGUGAGCCCCAGCGAGUUCGGCUGCCAGAUGCUGUGCGGCUGGUUAGAGAGCUGUCUGAGAGCCGGGGGCCAAGUUGGAAGAGCCGGGGACCGAGGAAGCGCCAAGGGAGGGUCGGAGGCAGCCGGCUCCUGCGGGGUGCUGGACGCCAAGUGCAAUUGCCAGCAGGAUGUGAUGACGGGCGUGGAUGGACUCGACAUGGUUCUACCUCUCAAUGCAGACACCGAGGGCUGCCUCUCUGCCCGCCUCCACACCACUCACACAUGCAACCUCACCGAGGGCAAGCGCACAACCAGGAAAGAAUAUGGAUUGAUGGGAGAUCACACAAUAAAAAGUCAGCGACCUCGAUCAGUUCAUGAGAGAAAGGUCCCUCAGGAACAAGCUGAUGCUGGUAAAAUUAUGCCACAUACUGGAGACCCUGUUACAGAAGAAUGGACCCAGUGGAGUAUGUGUUCAGUAACAUGUGGUCAAGGGUCGCAGGUGCGAACCAGAGCUUGUGUAUCAUCUUACGGGAUUCUGUGCAGCGUGCCUUUAAGAGAAUCAAGGGUUUGCAAUAACACUGCCCUCUGUCCAGUGCAUGGCGUAUGGGAAGACUGGUCACCCUGGAGCUUGUGUUCAUUUACCUGUGGUAGAGGACAAAGGACAAGGUCUAGAUCGUGCAUUUCUCCUCAGUAUGGCGGCCGGGCAUGUGAUGGACCAGAGUCCCAAACAAAAAUCUGCAACAUUGCCUUGUGCCCAGUUGAUGGACAAUGGAAGGAGUGGAGUCCUUGGACAGAUUGCUCAGUGACAUGCUCCAAUGGGACACAGCAGCGAACCCGACAGUGUACUGCUGCAGCUCAUGGUGGUUCUGAAUGCAGAGGGCACUGGGCUGAAAGCAGAGAAUGCUUUAACUCUGAUUGUACAGAGAAUGGAAAAUGGAAUCCCUGGGGCCACUGGAGCGGAUGUUCAAAGUCAUGUGAUGGAGGUUGGCAGAGGAGGAUCAGAGUGUGCCAGGGGUUGGCUGUCACUGGGAAGCCUUGUGAAGGACUCGGGGAAGAAAUUCAAAAGUGUAGUGAGCAGAGAUGUCCCGCACCCUACGAGAUAUGUCCCGAGGACUAUCUGAUGUCCAUGGUGUGGAGAAGAACUGCAGCCGGGGAUUUUGUGUUCAACAGGUGUCCACUGAAUGCAACAGGCACCACUAGCAGACGCUGCUCCCUCGAUCAUAAUGGCAUUGCCUACUGGGAGCCACCCAGCUUUGCGAGAUGCAUAUCAAAUGAGUACCGAUACUUACAGCAUUCAGUUAAGGAACAUCUUGCGAAGGGACAGAGGACACUGGCAGGUGAAGGAAUGUCUCAAGUAACAAAGACCCUCUUGGAUUUAACACAGAGAAGAAACUUCUAUGGUGGGGAUCUACUGGCCUGUGUUGAAAUUCUUCGAAAUGUCACUGAUACAUUCAAAAGAGCAAGUUAUGUCCCUUCAUCUGACGAUGUACAGAAUUUCUUUCAAAUCAUCAGUAACCUUCUUGAAGAGGAAAACAGGGAGAAAUGGGAAGAUGCACAAAAGGUCUAUCCUGGGUCAGUGGAGUUAAUGCAAAUUAUUGAAGAUUUCAUACAUGUUGUAGGCAUGGGAAUGAUGGACUUUCACAACUCCUACUUAAUGACUGGAAACCUAGUGGCCAGCAUUCACAAGCUGCCUGCAGCAUCUGUUCUGACCGAUAUCAACUUCCCUAUGAAAGGAAGAAAGGGAAUGGUCGACUGGGCACGGAACUCCGAAGACAAAAUUAUUAUUCCAAAAAACAUAUUCAUACCCGCGUCACCAGAAUUGGACGAUUCUGCUGUUUUUGUACUUGGCACGAUAUUCUACAAAAAUUUGGGACUUAUUUUACCCUCCCCAAGAAAUUACACAGUUGUGAAUUCAAAAGUGAUAGCCGUGACAGUAAGACCAAAACCGAAAAUUGCAGAAUCUAUACUGGAAAUCGAGCUUGCUCACUUGGUCAAUGGCACCCACAAUCCUUAUUGUGCUCUCUGGGAUUUCAGCAAAACGAACGAGUCGACCGGCGCCUGGUCCACUCUGGGAUGUAAAACUGUGCUUACCGAUGCAUCCCAUACCAAAUGCCUGUGUGAUCGUCUGUCGACAUUCGCCAUUUUGGCUCAUCAACCCACAGAAAUAAGUAUGGAGAAUGCUGACAUGCCUUCAGUCACUCUAAUAGUAGGCUGCGGUCUGUCCUGUAUGGCCCUCAUCGCUCUAGCAGUGGUCUACGCUGUGCUGUGGAGGUACAUCCGAUCAGAAAGGUCAAUUAUUCUGAUAAACUUCUGCUUCUCCAUCAUCUCCUCCAACAUCCUUAUCGUGGUUGGACAAACGCAGACUCGUAAUAAGGGUGUUUGUACAAUGACUACCGCCUUUCUCCAUUUCUUCUUUCUGGCUUCUUUCUGCUGGGUUUUGACUGAAGCUUGGCAGUCUUACAUGGCUGUUACAGGGAAGAUUAGAACAAGACUCAUACGCAAACGUUUUCUGUGCCUUGGUUGGGGGUUACCAGCCUUGGUAGUGGCAAUAUCUAUGGGAUUUACAAAAGCUAAAGGAUACGGUACAUCAAACUACUGCUGGCUGUCUCUAGAGGGAGGUCUUUUAUAUGCAUUUGUUGGACCUGCAGCUGCUGUUGUUCUGGUCAACAUGGUGAUCGGCAUUUUAGUUUUUAAUAAACUCGUGUCGAGAGACGGAAUCCUAGAUAAAAAGCUAAAACAUAGAGGAGGUCAGAUGAGUGAGCCCCAUAGCGGCCUGACGCUCAAAUGUUCCAAGUGCGGAGUUGUUUCAACGACAGCCUUGUCAGCCACCACUGCCAGUAAUGCCAUGGCGUCUCUGUGGAGUUCUUGUGUGGUGCUACCCCUCCUCGCUCUGACCUGGAUGUCGGCAGUCCUGGCGAUGACCGACAAACGAUCAAUCUUGUUUCAGAUCCUGUUUGCCGUCUUUGACUCGCUGCAGGGAUUUGUCAUUGUCAUGGUCCACUGUGUCCUUAGGAGAGAGGUCCAAGAUGCUGUUCGAUGCCAUCUGAGGAACUGCCAGGAUCCAAUAGCUGGGGAUACGGCUAGUACGUUUCCAAAUGGUCAUGCCCGGAUCAUGACAGACUUCGAAAAAGAUGUGGACAUUGCAUGCCGAUCAGUCCUUCACAAAGAUAUCGGGAGCUGUCGAGCUGCUACCAUAACGGGAACAAUGUCAAGGAUCUCUCUGAAUGAUGACGAAGAGGACAAAGGAAUCAACCCUGAAGGCGUGAAUUUUUCAACCCUCCCUGGAAAUAUAAUUUCCAAAGUUUUGAUACAACAGCCACCGACCGUGCAUGUGCCAAUUGGAAUGAAUGAGUUGACUGAGCAGUGUCUAAAGAAGGAGAACAGUGAAUUACGACGGACAGUUUAUUUAUGCACUGAUGACAAUCUUAGAGUGGGGGAUGCUGAGCUGACCCAAACUCAAGAGAGAAUGAUGGAGAGUGACUACAUUGUGAUGCCAAGAGGCUCAGCAAAUGUUCAACCUAUCAUUAAGGAUGAAAGCAAAUUAAAUAUCAGCAUGGAAGGCAUGCCACAUGAUAGGUUAAUGCAUUUUAAGGUUAAUCCCGAAUUUAACACAAGUGCACCUGUGAUGGAUCACAUCAGCUUUAAUUUAGAUCAACAUCUCAGCACCCAAGAACACAAACAGAACAUACCAUUUGAGCCUCGGUCAGCUGUAAAGAACUUCAUUGUUUCUGAACUUGAUGAAAAUAACACUGCACUAUCAAGGAGUGAAACAGGCUCAACAGUAUCCAUGAGUUCUUUAGAGAGAAGAAAGUCCCGCUAUUCAGACCUGGAUUUUGAAAAGGUCAUGCACACAAGAAAGCGACAUAUGGAACUAUUUCAAGAAUUAAAUCAAAAAUUCCAGACUUUGGACAGGUUCCGUGAGCCCCCAAAUACAGGCAGUGUAGACAACCCAACACCCAGCAAGCAUGAGUGGGAUGUUUACAAGAACCCCGGUGACUACCAACACUAUUCACCAAUGAAUGUAUUGGAUGCAGAAGCAAAAGAGGCAUUAGAAUUACGACAAGCAGAAUGGGAGAAGUGUCUCUCUAUGCCCUUAGACGUGCAGGAAGGGGAUUUUCAAACUGAAGUUUAAAUUCAAGUCGAUCACAAGUAAAAUCUCUUGCACUUCAAAAAUUUUUACAAAAACCUGGUCUGUAUGUCUGGACUCUCUUAGAGUAAUUUAGGGACUUUAUGCACCAGGGAAAAGAUGUCCAUGUCUUUAACAUUUCUCACUAUCUUAUCUAGUGAGAUACAAGAUGUACAAUUAUUACCAUCAUGUGUUGUACGUUAAUGUGGAAUGAAUUGUAAGGUAAUCUUUAUAGAUAAACCUCAAGCGAAGAUACAUGUUGUAAUAGCUUCAUUUGGUUUAGUUUUAAAAGGAAAACUUCACCAUGAAGCACAAUGUAUAUAUUUAUGCAGUUUUUAAGAUUUAUAACAGUCUGUUUGGCCAUUACUACACUUUUUACUUUAUAAUAUAAAAGCAAACAAUUUUCUGUCAUUUAAAUGAAUGGUUGUUGAGCUAUGUUCUUCAUUGCUUUCAAUGCAAUAAAGUAAUACUCUCACUUUUAUAUGAAUAAUAUAUUUCACAUCUUUAUUAUUGCAGAUUUCACACGAAAGCACAGAAAUAGCUUUCUUGGCUGCAAACGUGUACAAAAUAUUUAAAAUGUUGUAUGGUGUAAAUAAAUUUUUGUCUACA